UAUAUAUAUAUAUACAUUGUAUAAUUGUUUUGCUUAUUAUUUGCGUGCGUUGCAUACGAAAAAUGAACACAAAAGAUUACCAUGUGGGACAUUACAAUUGAAAGGAGUUUUAAUGGGAAAACACAAUUAUUUGUUAAGUUUUGGGAGAAUAACCAAAGGUUGAAAAAAUAUAACAAAUAUGCAAAUAUUGCAAAAUAGGAAAUAACUUUACUUAUAAAUGGAUGUACUCAAUCUAUAAAUAAAAAUGCAUUCCAAACCGUCAUUGAGAUAAUUUGUGUUGCUCUUUAUUCAGCGAUAUGACGUACUAAUAUACUAUGAGCAUAUUAGGGAAGUAACCCUGGGACCUAACAAAUAAGGAGGUAAUGCCAAGUCUGGGGUCAGAGAAUGUUGGCCAAUUCAGGAAGCUGUUUCUGUGUUGACUAAGACUACAUCUUACCGAACACGAAAGAAACAGGACUCUGUCUCGGUAAUAAAGCGUAGAAACAACAUGUUUGGUGUUUCUCUUUGUUCCAUCGGGCUGCUACUUAUUGCCCUCAUUCACACCGCUGUAACCAAAGACCACCUCGUAAUGGGGGGAGUGGGUCACACAGUUAUCCUGCCCUGCGUCUCUCCUUUGGAGGGAUCCUGCUCAGACAUACGAUGGGUUCAUAAAACGAAAAGUGGUGCAACCCGUGUCGCUAGUAUCCCCAGAAGAGAAGACGCAAACACUGGUAGAUUUAACAUUGUGUCUAAUUGUUCCUUACACAUCAACAACAUCACCGAAGUGGAUGUCGGAAGAUAUCGGUGCAGUAAAGAUUUUGGUGACUCGCAAUAUCUGUCUCUUAUCACUGUUUCCUCCCAGCUGAGGUCUCGAAUGUUCCCCAGAGCCAACAUUACCUUGAGCUGUAAUCUGGUCACGUUCGAGGGGUCUGGUUGGUGUUACAGCCCUCUGUAUCAAGGUAUGUCUCUCAAGUGGCAGGAUGAUAACCGACCGGACUACAUCCUCGCCGAACAGAGGAUCAGCAGAUGUGCUGUCCGGCUGAAUGUCAUCCUUCAGCGUGGCAGCCGCUUCAGCUGCCUGGCUUUGGUCAACCGCCAGGUCCAGAACAGGGUGGAGUUCCCCGUCCGUAUCAGAGUUGAGGGAAGAGGCCUUCCCAUGCCUAACUCAGAAAAUGACGAUCAAGGUCAUGAUGGGGGAUCCAAUGUAGCUGACGGGGACGGUGGCAACAAAGAGGUGAUCAUCUCUGUGGCAGUAGUGGGCUGUGCCAUGACAUUGGUGCUGGCUCUGAUCCUAAUGAAGAAAAAGAAGAAGAGAAAACCAAAUGACCAGCUUGUUGCCCGUACAGAGACUCCCCUGAAUGAUAAUACUGUAAUAAAUACUGAUGUGGCUGCCACUGCAGAGGAUGUCACCUACGCUGACGUAACGUUUACCGGCAUGGCGGACAGGAAGUGGGAGACAGAGAGUGAAGACACCGUUUAUGCUGGCAUACAACCCAUCGGUCGCGAAUAAUGUUUGAUUGGCAUUACCUGAUAACCCCAAACGGCCUAUGACAGGUCACUCAUACAAUAGCAUUGAUUACCCAGAGGGCAAAUUGAGUGCAUGUUUUCAUCAUAUCUUACGUUUUUAAAACUGCAUGUAAGAUGUGCUAUGGUCCCUGAUCAGUCCAUACCACUAUGAUACAACCCGGCCACUACAUCACAUUUCCUCUAAAAUAAUUUGUUUUAGGCAGGCCCGCCGCUCUCUAUACGCAGAGUACGCAGAGUGCGUAGGGCAGCAAGUACCUGGGGGGAGUACCAAAAAUUAAGGUAAAAAUAUAUAUAUGUUUUAUUACAUUAUUGAAUUACAAAAAUAUAUAAAUUAGUUAUGAAGAGGCCCACCGUAGUUUUUUCUUAAUUGUAUAACCUAUCACUCAAUUUCGGCAAAUUAGAUGUUUUUACCUAAUAUAUAAAAAGAGGCGCCCCCCCCCCCGCUCGCGUAGGGCACCGAAACGGCCAGCACCAGGCCCUGGUUUUAGGGUUCGGUUUUCCUUUAAAAUGACAGAUGGCUCACAGGAUUCAUGUACUUUUUGGGUGUAGCCUUUUGGAUUAGCCUCCAGCGGCAGCCUUUGGUGUGGCACGUCAGGUUUUUUUCAGUCUGCGCAUGAAUGUCCCAGUCCAGAUUUUCAUUUUCUCUUUUAUAUUUUUUAUAUAUAUGUGUGUAUAUAGAGAGAAAAAGUAGUAAUAUUCUGGGAAUAAAAGUCGUUAUUUGAGUG